AUGCCCUGUGUUCAGGCUCAGUAUGGGUCCUCGCCUCAAGGAGCCAGCCCGGCCUCCCAGAGCUACAGUUACCACUCUUCAGGAGAAUACAGCUCCGAUUUCUUAACUCCAGAGUUUGUCAAGUUUAGCAUGGACCUCACCAACACUGAAAUCACUGCCACCACUUCUCUCCCCAGCUUCAGUACCUUUAUGGACAACUACAACACAAGCUACGACGUGAAGCCACCUUGCUUGUACCAAAUGCCCCUGUCCGGACAGCAGUCCUCCAUUAAGGUGGAAGACAUUCAGAUGCACAGCAGCCAGCAGCACAGCCACCUCCCCCCCCAGUCCGAGGAGAUGAUGUCCCACUCAGGCUCCGUGUACUACAAGCCCUCGUCGCCCCCGACCCCCUCCACGCCCGGCUUCCAGGUGCAGCACGGCCCCAUGUGGGACGACCCCGGCUCCCUGCACAACUUCCACCCCAACUACGUGGCCACCACGCACAUGAUCGAGCAGCGGAAAACGCCCGUGUCGCGCCUCUCCCUCUUCUCCUUCAAGCAGUCGCCGCCCGGCACGCCCGUCUCCAGCUGCCAGAUGCGCUUCGACGGGCCCCUGCACGUGCCCAUGAGCGCCGAGCCGGCCGCGGCCCACCACGCCGUGGACGGGCAGGCUUUCGCCGUGCCCAACCCCACCCUGCUUUUUAAAAUGAAUUUCCAGUUCCAGGCUAGCCCUGACUACCAGAUGAGUGGAGAUGACACUCAGCACAUCCAGCAGUUCUAUGAUCUCCUGACUGGCUCCAUGGAGAUCAUCCGAGGAUGGGCAGAAAAAAUUCCUGGCUUCACUGAUCUUCCUAAAACAGACCAAGACCUGCUCUUCGAAUCUGCCUUCCUGGAGCUGUUUGUGCUGCGACUGGCUUACAGGUCAAACCCAGUGGAGGGCAAGCUUAUCUUUUGCAAUGGGGUAGUCCUGCACCGGUUGCAGUGUGUCCGCGGCUUUGGGGAAUGGAUUGACUCCAUUGUGGAAUUCUCCUCCAACUUGCAAAACAUGAAUAUCGAUAUAUCUGCGUUCUCUUGCAUCGCUGCCCUGGCUAUGGUAACAGAGAGGCAUGGGCUUAAAGAACCCAAGAGGGUGGAAGAACUUCAAAACAAGAUUGUAAAUUGUCUCAAAGACCACGUGACUUUCAAUAACGGGGGGUUGAAUCGCCCCAAUUAUUUGUCCAAACUCUUGGGGAAGCUCCCUGAACUUCGCACUCUUUGCACGCAGGGGCUGCAACGCAUUUUCUACCUGAAAUUGGAAGAUUUGGUGCCACCUCCAGCAAUAAUCGACAAACUUUUUCUGGACACUUUACCUUUUUAAGACUCUUCCCAUGCACUUACAUUGAACUUAAAAGAAACUCCACCUGCCUGAAGGGGGAUUCAUCUGGGCGCAAAGCAGCACCUUUGGGUGCCAGAUUCCCAUCCAAAAAAACUGUUGCUAACUUCCUGCAGGCAGAACAUGAAUGGGCAUUUUGGCUCUGGGGCAUCAUGGAUUCAGAUCACGGACUACACAAUUACCAUGGUAUAAACUUUUUAUUAUCAGCUUAAAAAUGAUUUAUUAUUAAGGACUUCUGAUUAAAAAGAUGAACAUAUCUGGCAACGCCGGGUGCGCAGCUAAGACUCAUAUGAUGACAAAAGUAUUAAAGUGACCCACAAGUCUCACCCUCUUAAAGUUUUCUGCUGUAAAAGAAAGCUGUAAUAUAUACUAAAACCUAAAUGUUGCGUGGGUGGCAUGUCAUUAAAGGAGGCAGAGGCUUGCAAAUUUAUCAGUUUGGCUUUUUAAAAAUUAUUCUGAUUAUUCUGUGCCUAUUUAUGAAUAAAUACGGAAAACAAUACUAAAAAAAAAAGAAAAAUAGAAGCUAAACAUGUUUGCAAAAAAGGAGGAAAAAAAUCACUCCUUAAAAGGAAAGCAUGAUGAUUCUAGGGUGACAAUGUUAUAGGCACUUGCUAUUUCAGUAAUGUCUAUAUUCUAUAAAUAGUAUUUCAGACACUAUGUAGUCUGUUAGCUUUUAUAAAGAUUGGUAGUUAUCUAAGCUUCAAACAUUUUCUCAAUUGUAAAAUAGGUGGGCACAAGUAUUACAAAACCCGAAAUCCUCGACAAAGGGACACAUAGUGUUUGUAAACACCGUCCGACAUUCCUUGUUUGUAAGUGUUGUAUGUACUGUUGAUGUUGAUUAAAAAAAGAAGUUUAUAUCUUGAUUAUUUUGUUGUCUAAAGCUAAACAAAUCUUGCAUGCAGCAGCUUUUGACUGUUUCCAGAGUGCUUAUAAUAUACAUAACUCCCUGGAAAUUACUGAGCACUUUGAAUUUUUGUUUUGUUUUUUUUUUUAUGUCUAAAAUUGUCGGUUAAUAUAUUAUUUUAUGUUUGAGUAAUAUUUUUAAUAUUGCCAUAUUCUGUAAAAUUUUUCUUUGUAUAUUUCCAGUAUGGCACAUUAUACGAGUCACUGCCUUUUUUUCUAUGGUGUAUGACAGUUAGAAACGCUGAUUUUUUUUUUUUUUCCUGAUAACUCUUUCUUUGGGAAAGACAAUUUUAAUGUUUACAACAAUAAAACAUGUA